GGCCGCUGUGCGGGUGAUAGAUCGUUAUGGAAAUAUUUGGGGGAACGGGGAGGCCUAUGUCUUGCAGUGGACGUCUUGAAAGGUCCAGAACUUACAUUUAUUUGAAACAUAGUAGUUAGGCAUAUGCGCGAAAACAUAUAAUUGAGCGAAAAAAUAUAAUAAAUAAAAAUAAAUCUUAAGUUGUACCAGUAUUAAUAGACCUUUUUAUUACAACUUAAAUCUUAUGGUAUGUUUAAAUGCAUUGAUAUAAUAUUUAAUUCUUGACACACUUUAAAACCAAACUGGUAAUAAAGCUGAUAAAUAAUAGAUAAAAAAAAACUCUCAAAAUACUUAAAAUUAUUUUUAUUAAAUUACGAAAAAUGUAUUAGUUAUGUGAGAUUCUUUCAUCACCUAGUGAUUAAAUUUUGUCAAGUUCGCGAAUUUACGUAGUUCAAUUAACCGAUGACUGGUAUGGUAUUCAUUUAUUAUGUAUUGGCAUUUUAACUCAAUCUCAGGACGCAGCUCACUAGCAAAGGCUAUCGACCUUACCUCGGUUAGGUACGUGAAGUAACUGUUCUGUUGAUGGAAAUAACUUGGUGUCUCAGAAGCGUGUUAAGCGACUUGUGAUGACAACGGUCCAGUUACGUUAGUUUGCGGAACAAAAAUAAAUAAAUAUUCUAAUUAGGUAUAAAAAAUUAAAUCAAAAUGAAGAGUAAUAUUUUUUGUAUCAUUUAUUUCGUGAUAGGAUGUGUGUAUUGCGCUAGAUUCGAUCAAAGUCAAUCCGGCAAUUUAAAUGUUCAGGUUGAUUUAAAGGAUUUACAAAUAAUUGCACUUCUAAAAGGAGGAAAAGAAGAAUAUGUGGAUUAUGAUUAUGCUUAUGAUUACAACGAAAUGACUAUAAAACCACAAAACCGGACAACACCGAGGCCACUAAACGGAACAACCACACCGGCAAGUGAAGCUGGGAUAAGCAGUAAGGCGACUAUUACACCGGUGUACAAUGAACAAACAGAAUUCUCAACAAAAGCUCCAAUUACGGACUUUUCUGAUGGACCUACCGAUGUGACGGUUACCGAUUUCAGUACAACGGUCAAAAAUAAUAUUCAAUCAUCAACGGAAAAACUAAUAUCUAUAAAUAAAAACGAAACUGUCUCUCUGAAUACGACAGCGAACAGUAAUAAAUGCAAAAAAGGAUUUGUAUUAAAUUACAAAGGAGAUUGCGAAUUAAAAAUGCAAAGCUCUGGAAACGCCUUACUAAAGUUAGUUAAAUUAUCCCAGAAAUUAAAAUUAAGGAGAGAAAAUAAGGACGAAGAUUAACAUAGUGAAGAUAAUGUUACUUCCUACAAAUAAAAUUAGGUAGUUCAAGUUGAAAGCUGACAAUUUUCUGUAAUAAUUAUUUGAACAUUUGUAAGACUGCAUGGUAACAAUUAAAAUAUAUUUGUGGGAU